CCAAAUUUAGUAAACAUGCAUGCAAAGUAUGCCAGGUAGUAACAAUUAGUAGUACAGCUAAUUAAGCUAACAGAUCGAAUAGGGCGGGGGAGUUAGUUAUGGAUGAGGGAUCCAAGUUGCUGGAGAGAUCCAUCACCGCAAACCGCCGCCGUUGAACGCCAACUAAAUCCCUCCACCCUCCGCCUAUUAAUUUACAUCCACCGGGCUGCACUCCGCCGCCGCUAGCUCCCUCGCCGGCCGCCCCGCCCCCGAUCGAGCUAGCGGCUGACCCUUUCGAUAGAUGAAGAGUUGCACCACCAGAUCUGAUCCGCACGAGCCGCCUGCCCGCCAUGGACGACCCCCGCCGCCACCACCACCUCGCCUACGGCGCCUGCAACAACUGCGCCGCCGAGCAAGCCGUCGUCUUCUGCGCCGCCGACGCCGCCAGGCUCUGCCUCGAGUGCGACGGCGCCGUGCACGCCGCCAGCGCGCUCGCCGCCAACCACUCCCGCGCGCCCCUCUGCGACUCCUGCUUCGCCGCCCCCGCCGCCGUCCGCUGCGCCCACGACACGGAGGACGGCGGCGGACAGUUCACCUUCUGCUUCGGCUGCGCCGGCCACCGCGCGCCGCCCGAGGGGUGGGCCGCCAGCUGCCCCGUCGCGCACUACACCGGCUGCCCCACCCCCGCCGACGUCCUCCGCCUCCUCUCCGUCGACGCGCCGCCCGCACAGGAGGACUUCGAUGCCUGGCUCGCAGACAAGCUGCCGCAGAUCCUACAAGACGUUGUCCAGGAUGGGUCGCAGAUUUGCGAAGGUGGGAGUACUGCCCCUAGUACUACUGCUACAAUUACAGGUGCAGAAAGAUCAUCAGGAGGAGGAGCAGGUGUUAAUGGCAGCAGCUUUGUUGGUCCUAAUUCUGAUCAUGAUUGGAAUAUCACCACCAAUACUGCUACUACUGGUACUGUUGGUCAUCAUGCAGCUGCUGCAGGAGGAGGAGCCAAUCAUAAUAAUUCACUCGCAUUUGAGCCAACACCGUCGUCAUCGGUCUGCCACAUUUUCUCAUCAUCAUCAUCAUAUUGUUCAUCAUCGUUGUCAUGCCUGCAGCAGCAGUCAGCCAUGGCGUCUGCUACUUCUCUCCUGCACUCCUUGGAUCCUCAAUUGCAGCUCCUCGACGGGGGGGCCGCAGCUGCGGCUGGCUGCAGCUUCGUCCUUCCUCCUGCUGUUGCUGGUGCUAAUUUCUUAACCAUAUCGCCACCACAAGCGCCGCCACCGGAUCAGAUCAACGGCGGCGAGGGAUCAUCGACGAUGUCGGGGGCUCAGCAGCAAGAUCCUACCACCAUGACGAAGAAGCGAGAGGAGAGGGACAGGGCCAAGCUCAGGUACAACGAGAAGAAGAAGAACAGAAAGUUUUGCAAGCAGAUCAUGUACGCAUCCCGUAAGGCGAGAGCCGACACGCGAAAGCGGGUGAAAGGAAGAUUCGCAAAGGCUACCAAUGAAAACCAGCACAUACUCCACUCGGCUGAUUCACCAUAAAUCCAUCCAUCCAUUCAUUCAAAACCAAAUUUCCACUUUCUUUCCUUUUCUUUUUGUUCCUGCUCAUACACACUGCAUAUAAAAACACAAAACCAAACAUACUCUCAUCUCAAAAACAUUCAUCCAUUCAUUCAAUUUUUGAUCGGUUUAUAAAAUGCUAGCUAGCUGGUCUCCCUUGCCUUGAGUACAGCAUACACAUUAUUCAUAUGCUUAGGUUAAUUAGCUAGAAUCUUCUCCACUUGACACAUACAUAUUUUCGUUUUGUGCGGAGAAGACACUGUUGCACCAUAUUUAGGCCUUCUUCUCUUUUCCCAUUUAGUUUGUUUUUCAUCUUUUGGCCUUUUUUCGUUUUGACACGAUUCCUUUUAGAGAGAUAUAGUUCUGGGUCGACUCUGUUAAAAAAAGGAGAAAUUGUAAUAAUUCCUAGCCCUUGUCAGCUAUAUAUAUACAUGGAUGAUCAUUUCUGGCAUGGGUGAAUAAAAUCAAGUUUUCUCUUUA